AUGGGCCUGAAGCGCAGAGAUGUAGUCCUCGCCGCCGUCGCUGUAUUCAUUGCCUGGGGCUAUUUGACCCACUGGCAGCCGAAGCUGCACUACCUGCCCUAUGCCUUCGUUGCCGGCGCGCUCGCGACCGUAGCCUCUGGAGCUUGGCUGAGCUUCACCACCGUCUGGAACAAAGAGCUGCGACACAGCAAGGCCAACUAUGGGGCUCGCCAUGCUGCCUUUGUCAGGCCGGAGCGGUGGGCGGCCGAGGUCGAAGCCCUCACCAAGCGCAACGAGUACAUGAUGGAGCCCCUGUACCCCGUCUCCUUCGUCGUGUCGGACAGUCUGGACGUGCUGGUUGGCCUGAUACUGCGCGACUUUGUAAAGAGCUGGUAUGGCAGUAUCAGCAAGAGCCCCACCUUCGUCAACGAGGUCGACCGAGCAAUACGCGCGGCGCUGGGCGAGAUCCGCGACCGCGUCCUCGCCGUGGACAUGGUCGAGAUGGUCGUGUCGCGCCUCAUACCGAUAAUCACCAACCACUUGCGCGCAUCGUACGAGGCCGAGCAGGCUGUGCGUGGGCGCAAGCUGAUGCGCAAUGUCACCGAGAGCGAAGAGCUGGACCUCGCAAUCGCCGCGAAGUACAAAGAGGGCCGUCUGCACCCGGCUGCGUCCCUGGCAUACUCGAACACCAAGCCGAUCCAGCAGCAGCAUCUGCGCAGCCUCGUCGCCCGUAUACUACCGAAGAUCAUGCCGCCCAGCAUGAUGACUAGCCCGGCGGUCAAUGUGCUGAUCAAGGAGCUUGUGGCAUGCGCUGUUCUUUCGCCCAUUAUGCAGAUGGUCUCUGACCCGGACAUGUGGAACCAGCUAAUGGAGGGUUAUGGUCGCACACUUCUCCAAGAACGUAAGACAGUCCGCAAGCUCCGGGCAGAGCUCGACAAGCAGACGCCUGCCUCGCCCAGGAUCCCCAAGAACGUCCAGUUUCCCAAACUCGCACCUGGCGACAACGAGCGGCGCUUCGAGAAGUUCAUACGGGCGAUCAGACAGACAAAUACGCUGGCUGAUGCCCGCCGUUUUCGCAGCGAGGUCUCCAGCCAGUUGCGGAAGGACUCGCAGGUCGAAGGCCAGGAUGCGGUGUAUCUGCGGCGCCUCGAGACAGCACGCAGUAUAUUGGAUCAGAAGGUCACGAAUCUGAGUGCUGGCGGUUCGGUGCGAGCCAAGGUUGCAGCGAAAGAGCGGCCCAAGCACAAGCGCACAUCCUCGCGGUUUGCGAAUGCCUCGCUUCGAGAAGUGCUGUACGAUGCAUCUGGUCUGUCUUGCUUCAUGGAAUUCAUGGAUCAGACGGACCUGAUGCGUCUCGUCCAGUUCUGGAUAGUUGUCGAUGGUUUCCGGAACCCACUCGAAGAUGAGUUGGACGAGGAGCCUGCCGGACACAGCGGUCCACUGCUUUCUUGGACAGAGUCCGACCGUGCGGACAUCGCGCAGAUCCACGAUGCAUACCUCUCGAAACCAGAACUCAAGAUUCUGCCAGAAGCCAAGCAAGCCGUUGCCAGAUUCCUCAAGGCAGGGCGCAGGGCGACACCGCAGCAAUACCAUGAUGCACGGCGCGCUCUACUCCGAGCCCAGACCGAUGCGUAUGACCAGCUGCAAGAGCCUUACUUCAGGCGUUUCAAAAGGUCGAACCUGUACUACAAGUGGCUCGCAAUGGACGAGGCAGCAAACCCAAGUAGAAACAUUGGAACACGAUCCAUCGCCCAGACCUUGGACAACGCCGCUGUGGCUGCUCCUGCAAUGGCUAGGUCGCAGUCAACCCAGCGACCAAUGCUGAAGGUACCGGCGGGCGAUCUUCGCCGCGCAGUAGCCUCAUCGUCUGAUCUCAAGAGCCAGGAUGUCAUCAAGGAGUUCGAGCCGCCGGUGAGACGGUCGCUGGAUGUGCAGUCACCCACCACGCUGCGAUCGCCGUUAUUCGAUGAUGACUACGACACUGACACUAUGGCACAGUCAACUGCAAGCUUGGACUCCGACUUCGGUCAGAGUCACCCCAAUGGAAACAACAGUCAGGUUGUUGAUGCUAUGCAGGCGGCAUUGACUGAUAUAAUGGACGAACCCGAAGGCUCGAUAUUCUACGAUCCUGGUCUGAAGUCGCCACAAGACAACGACUCUCGGAAGGGCUCCGUGGAUCUACCCGGAGCUUUAUCCCCCAGACCUAUGAUGCACAACAGGAAAGAGAGUGAGAAACCGAGCAUAGCAUCACUGGGACUCGUCGGUGCCCCCCGAACACGCGGGGUCUUCAACGACGAUCUCUUCGGCGAUGAGGAGAAGUUCCUUGAGGAUGAGGUAGAUGAUCCUGUAGCCCGUGACAAGACCGAUGAUGAGGAUAUCCAUGAAGCCGCCCCCGGAGAUCUGGGUCUUGCAGAGGCUGUUGAUGCGCUGACUGCGGACAUUGAGCGUUUGGUGACGCAGGAGUCUAUUGUGGAUUCGUUGACUUCGAAAGCAGAGCUGACGAAUAAUGCUGCUGAGCUAAGAAUCUUGCGUAAGAGCAAGGCAAGCUUGCAGAGGGAGAUACAGAGGAAGGAGUUGCAGCGUCAGCAAUAUAUCGUGCAGGAGAGCGAUAACAGCUUGUAUGGCCGUGCCACGGUGUUCAUACAGUCUAUCAUGGUUGGCACCGAGGAAGACGGGAAGGAGUACGCCAUGUAUGUGAUCGAGGUCAAACGUAAAGCAGGCGAUCAGAUGCCGGCCGCAACGUGGGUCAUCUCUCGUCGCUACAGCGAGUUCCAUGAACUGCACAAGAACCUCCGCGCCAAAUUCCCGCAAGUCAGAAACCUCGAGUUCCCACGCCGCCAAAUGAUGCUUAAGCUCCAAAAAGACUUCUUGCACAAGCGUCGACUAGGCCUCGAAAAGUAUCUCCGCGAACUUCUCCAAAUCCCUACCGUCUGCCGCAGCCGCGAACUCCGCGCUUUCCUCUCCGCCUCCGCCAUCAACCCGGCCGACACCCUAAAGAAUGCCGCGGAAUCGUCUGACUUUGUCUCCCGCAUCUACUCCUCCGUUGCAGACGGCAUGGAAGAAUUCCUCGGCAACAUCCCCGUGCUCGACCAACUCAGCGUCGCAGGCCAGAACCUCAUUUCUGCCGCAACAACCCAACUCGCUUCCCAGUCCAACCACCCUGCCGACCCCACCGCCCCGCCAGGCCAGGCAGGCUUCGAAGCAGGCCUCGGUGUAGGCGAUGCCGAGGCAGAAGCCGAACUCCUCGCCUUCGAAAACAAAGAACUCGAACCCUUCGUGAAACCGAUCUGCGAUCUCUUCCUUGAAGUCUUCUCUCUCAACGCGCAAAACAACUGGCUCCGCGGGCGCGCCGUAGUAGUUGUCUUGCACCAGCUCCUCGGCGGAACAAUCGAGCGAAAAGUCCGUGAGAGCUUUACUUCGUUCACAUCCGCCAACAGCAUGGCUUCUUACAUCGACAAGGUGGCUGAGAUGAUGUGGCCCGGUGGUCGGAUGAAGCAGCCUGACCCCGGCGCGGUACCGAGGAGCCAGAAGGAUAAAGAUAAGUCCAGACGCGAAGCAAAGGCCGUGCUGGAGACGCUGGUGCCUGAGUUGGCGUCCAGUGUGGUGGGCAGACAGAAUGCUGUGAUCGCGGCCAGGAGGUUGGAGGGGAUGCUUAAUAACGAAAGGCUGAACACGCAUCUAGUGUUCACACUGGUGGAUGAUGUUGUGAAUGUGCUCUUUCCUGACGCUUAG